AUAAGACGCCACGUGCGAAGAGGCGGGCAUCCUUCCAUUGGGCUCCACUCAGCUGACACCAUGCAGUCUCUGGUCGCCUUCGCCGUGCUGAUCGCCGCGUGCGCGGCCCAGGUGCAGUACCCGGCCGGCGUGUCGCCCGCCGCCUGCCCCAACUACCCGUACUGCGGCAACGACGCCAACACGCUGGCCGCCCUCAACCUGGCCCGCCUGGCGCCGUCUGGCGCGCCGCUGGCCCGCGAGUACCCGGCCGGUCUGGCGCCGGCCGCCUGCCCCAACUUCCCCUACUGCAACAACGCCGUGCUGCCCCAGUACACGGGCCAGUACCCGGCCGGCGUCAGUGCUGCCGCCUGCCCCGGCUACCCGUACUGCUAGUGCCGCAGAUGCCCGCUGCGCACCGCUGCAGUAGUGGUAGGCUGGAGCGGCCGCCGGCCCGUUGGAGGUGAAUGGAGGAGCUGUGAACACUUGCCAGUUGGUGGGACUGGAGCUGUGUACACUGGCCAGUCGCUGAGUGCUGACUGGAGCUGUGUGCACUGGCCAAUCCGCCUGAGCCCUUUGGAAGAAGGCGAGGCGAUCGAGUCUCGUCACCGCGUGUCAUCCACCGCCGGGCAGCCGAGCGCCGCCAUCUUGCUUGUCAUGAUGUUUUGACCGAUGUUUGGCAGCGAUGAGCUGUGCCGAGUGAUGCUCGGACGCCUCGGAUCCGAUGGAUGGUGUUUAUUUUUCUACAGACGUACAAUACAGUUGUGAAAGUGG